AAAAAGGCACACACAGACUCGUGCAACAUAUCGACGCCAUGUGUAAUGACGGACGCUUGUCUCAUUCAACUAUAAAACCACAGUCAUCGCACCUGAAUAAACCCUCAGAAUUAUCACAACAAUUCAUCCAAACAAGAAUCAAGCCUCAAAUUAAUUCAGAACCAAGCAAUACGUGAGUGCUGCGAAAAGAAUUAGCAAUACUCAUUUUUAUAUAUAUUUCCCCCCUAGACGUCAACCGCACUCUCAUCAUGUACAAGAUCACAGCCGCCUCUAUCCUCCUCGCUGGACUAUUUGCGGGCCUCUCUCAAGCAGAUCCAAAGUGCUAUACUGGACCGACUCACCGAGAGAAAGAUAAUACUGCUCUGUGGCAGUGUGUAGACAGUGAGGAGAAAAACCCACAAUGGCAUGACUGGACUUGCGAGCAGAAGCACUUUCAGUACUGGAGUAAUGGUCAUUGGGGAAGUCCUGGUGAUUGCCUUGGUGGUUGUGUUCCCUGCCUCGAGGGGGCAGCCGAGCUCGGCGCUGAAUGGGUGAAAUGUGACCAGGAGAACAUGGAAUACCUGGGAUGA